AAGUUCUAACCCACACAAUAGUAGCCACGAUGGACCUGCAGAGUGCUUUCCAAAACAUCUCCGGCUAUCUCUUCCUCCCUUUAUUUUUCCUCUACUUAGCCCACCUAACCCUCAAAUCCACAACCACCGCCCGCCGCCUCCGCCGGAAACUUCCUCCGAGCCCACCGUCGGCGAUCCCGAUCCUCGGCCACGUCAGCCUCCUGAAACCCCCAAUCCACCGCACCUUCCACGCCCUCGCCCAAGACCACGGACCCAUCUUCUCCCUCCGCCUCGGGAGCCGCCUCGCCGUCGUGGUCUCCUCCGCCUCCCUGGCGGAGGAAUGCUUCACCAAAAACGACGUCGUCUUCGCCAACCGCCCCGAACUCAUCAUGUCCAAGCACAUCGGCUACAACUACACCACCAUGACCCAAGCUCCCUACGGCGACCACUGGCGCAACCUCCGCCGCAUCGGCGCCGUCGAGAUCUUCUCCGCCCACCGCCUCAACGCCUUGCUCCCCAUCCGCCGCGAGGAGGUCCACCGCCUCGCUUCCAGGCUCGCGGCGGCCGGCAGCUUCCCCCGCGUGGUGGAGCUGAAGUCGGCGUUUCACGAGCUGACGUUCGACACCAUGAUGAGGAUGGUGGCCGGGAAGAGGUUCUACGGCGACGGCGAUGAGCAGGCCAGGGAUUUCAGGGAGGUGAUCAAGGAGGUGGUGUCGCGUAGCGGCGCGACGAACCCGGGUGAUUUCUCGCCGGUGCUGAGGUGGCUUGACGGCGGGAAGUUCGAGAAGACGGUGGCGGGGCUGGCUCGGAGGACGGAUUCGUUCUUGCAAAAGUUGAUUGAGGAGCAUAGGAGCAAGAAAGAAGGAUUGGAUAGUGCGAAUACCAUGCUUGACCACUUGCUCAAGUUGCAGGAGUCUGAGCCGGAGUACUACAGUGACAAAAUUAUCAAAGGCCUUGUUCUGGUGAUGUUGUUAGCAGGAUCGGAUACUUCUGCGGUGACUUUAGAAUGGGCGAUGGCAAAUCUUCUCAAUCACCCCGACAUAUUAGUCAAGGCGAGAGAAGAGCUCGACAAGCAAAUUGGUGAAGAACGCUUGGUGGACGAGGCCGAUAUUUCCAAUCUCCCUUAUCUUCGGAACAUCAUUUCUGAGACCCUUCGACUGUACCCAGCUGCUCCGCUCCUUGUCCCUCAUGUGUCCUCCGAGGAUUGUGUGGUUGGAGGGUACCAUUUGCCGCGUGACACAAUGUUGUUGGUCAAUGCAUGGGCUAUUCAUAGGGACCCUAAUCUUUGGGACGAUCCCACUAGUUUUAGACCUGAAAGGUACGAAAAUGGAGGGAAAGAAAGCUAUAAGCUGAUACCUUUUGGGUUGGGUAGAAGGUCUUGCCCUGGCGCAGGCCUUGCCCAACGAGUUGUGGGCUUUACUCUUGGGACAUUGAUCCAAUGCUUUGAAUGGGAAAGAUCCGGCGUGGAAGAAGUUGACAUGAAUGAAGGGAAAGGAAUCACGAUGCCUAAAGAGAAGCCAUUGGAGGCCAUCUGCAUAAAUCGUCCAAUUGUGCACAACAUGGGAAAGCACAUCGGCUACAACUACACCACCAUGACCCAAGCCCCCUACGGCGACCACUGGCGCAACCUCCGCCGCAUCGGCGCCGUCGAGAUCUUCUCCGCCCACCGCCUCAACGCCUUCCUCCCCAUCCGCCGCGAGGAGGUCCGCCGCCUCGCGUCCAAGCUCGCGCACGGCAGCCACCGCCGCGUGGUGGAGCUGAAGUCGGCGUUUCACGAGCUGACGUUCGACACGAUGAUGAGGAUGGUGGCCGGGGAAAGGUUCUACGGCGACGGCGAUGACCGGGGCAGCAGGGAGUUCAGGGAGGUGAUCAAGGAGGUGGCGGCACGUGGCGGUGCGACGAACCCGGGUGAUUUCGUGCCGGUGAUGAGGUGGAUUGACGGCGGGAAGUUCGAGAAGACGGUGGCGGAGCUGGCUGGACGGAUGGACUCGUUCUUGCAAAAGUUGAUUGAGGAGCAUAGGAGCAAGACGAAAAGGUUGGAUAGUGCGAAUACCAUGCUUGACCACUUGCUCAAGUUGCAGGAGUCUGCGCCGGAGUACUACAGUGACAAAAUUAUCAAAGGCCUUAUUCUGGUAAGUGGUAACCUCACUAAUCAUCAUUUUAUUAAUGUAUAA